AUGUCCCUGGUGAACCUGGACAACCUGAUCAGCCAGCCCGCCGCCCCGCCACCCGUGCUACCGCCGCCGGCGCAACCAGCCGUCACGAACCCCUUCCUCGGGAUCGCGCCGCCCUCACAACCGCUCUCGCAACCGCCCCCGGCAGCCAAGCCGGUCAGCAACCCAUUCCAGGCUCAGAUGGUCAGACCGCCCACUAUAAACCAGAUGCGCUCGCCGCCCGGACCGCCCGUGCAGCCGGGACUGGUAGGACUGGGCGGUGCGGACGGCCUCCCACAACCGCUCCUCCCCAUGGGAACCACAGCACAGCCGGCGCAGCCCACCAACCCCUUCUUAUGA